AUGGCAACACCAACCUCUGCCGAUGCUCGUGUAGGCGUUGUUGAGCUUGUGUGCGCUGAGCACCUGCAACGCACUUUUCUGGCCUGCGAUGAGGCAACGGCGUUCCAGCGCAUUGUGAGCCAGGCGGUUGUGGCGCGUCAUGGGCAGUGGACCUUCGAACAGUACCGUCCGUCUGGCAGCGUGGUGCUGCAGCAGGGUGCGGUGGACACAUGGGGGGCGCUGAAGAAUUAUACGGUGGGGGGUGACGUGCGCCGUGUGCUGGAGCGUAGGGAUGAAUUCAGGCGGAAUGAAGGGCUGCUGCUUUGCCGAAUGGCCACCGCCUCGAAGGGUAUUCGGCAUUCCGCUGCGGCUCUGUAUACGAUUGGGGGGCCCAUUGCCUGA